AUGGCCCACCACGACAUUGAGAAGACGACUCCAAGCUUAAGGGAAGAUGUCAGCCAUGACAACUCAAGCGAAGAUGUUUACGAGUGCGAAUUCACUCUCAAAGAGCAGCGAAAAAUCGUCCACCGUGUUGAUCGUCGUCUCGUGGUAACAGUAGGAGUACUGUAUUGCAUCAGUUUGAUGGAUCGAACCAACUUGAGCGCCGCAUCAAUCGCUGGCAUGAAUGUCGACCUGGGCUUGAACAAACUCAUGGGUACCGUCUCAAAGUAUUCGGUCGUAACGCUGGUCUUCUUCACCACAUACAUCGUUUUCCAACCUCCAGCGACUGUCGUUGUGCGCUACCUUGGUCCUCGCGCAUUUCUGUCGUUCAUCGUCGUGGCAUGGGGCGCUGUCAUGAUCGGCAUGGGUUUUGUCCACACCUUUGAGGCCAUGGCGGCCAUGCGCGUUCUGCUGGGUGUACUCGAAGCAGGUUUCUUCCCGUCGUGCGUGUAUUUGCUUUCGACGUGGUAUACUCGUUUCGACAUUGGCAAGCGAUACUCCGUCUUCUAUAUUCUCGGCAGUCUGGCUUCAGCCUGCGCAGGAAUCUUGGCCUACGGUCUGAUGCAGCUGAAGGGACGCGAAGGCCUGAACGGAUGGCGCUGGAUCUUCAUUAUUGAGGGCACUUUGACAUGCUUUUUGGGCAUUGUAGGCUACUGGGCUCUAGUCGACUUUCCGGACAAGGCGCACACAUCGUGGCACUUCCUCAAUGAGCGUGAGGCCAAGUUCAUCAUCGAUGCUGUCAACAGAGACCGUGGAGAUGCAAAGCCCGAACCAUGGGAUCUCAAGAAGUUUCUCGCCGGUGGUCUUGACAUCAAGAUCUGGGGAUUUGCGAUGAUUUUCUUCAACACGACUACCGUCACCUACGCGCUCGCAUAUUUCUUGCCUAUCAUCCUUACCGAGAACAUGGGUUUCUCCGUCGGUGCUUCGCAAUGCUUGGUAGCUCCUCCUUAUGCUCUUGCAGCAAUUGUCAUGUACGCAACAGGAUGGGCUGGUGACAAGUACCAUGUGCGCGGACCAAUCAUUGUUUUCAACAUGAUCUUGUGCAUCAUCGGUAUCGCCAUCAUGGGUUUCCACGACAGUCCAGGCGUUCGGUACUUCGGUGUGUUCCUUACCACUGCUGGAGCAAACAGCAACGUCCCCGCAGUCAUGUCGUACCAGGCCAACAACAUCCGCGGACAGUGGAAACGUGCAUUCUGUUCAGCGACUCUUGUUGGCAUGGGCGGUGUAGGAGGAAUCGCCGGAGGAUUGGUUUUCAGUCUUCUUUGCAUUCAGAUUGCUGACUUGACCAGGUUCCAAGACAAGCCCGGCUACCGACCAGGUCUAUACGCCUGUAUCGCCUGCUGCUUGUUGACGUUGGUUAUCGUUGCCUUGAUUACCCUAGGCUCCUGGAGGUCGAACAAGAAGGCGGACCGCGGUGAAAUCGAGCUGGAGUACCACAGCGAGACUGACCAGAAGGGCUUCAGAUAUACUUACUGA